UUUGUGGAUCCAGGUUGUGUGAAUGAAUGGAGAGCCGAUGGUUGAUCAGAGAGGACGACGAGACGAAGCAGCGGACAAAAUGUGUUCAACUUCCCCGGCACAGUGUGUACAGUUCAUAUUCGGAAGCCUAUCCAUGGAUGUGCCGAUUUAAACACCCUGAACAAGGUGUUCUUCUCCUCGUAUUUCUAUUUCUACACCAAGGGGGCUUCAGCAACACACGUCGGACGUCGAGGAGAUUUUUGUUCUCAUGUGUGCAGCAACAACAGGUUAUUUACAGUUUAGCACACACUCCAACGUGCAGCUUGAACCUAGUGGUUGUUAGAUCAGUGUUAACUUUUCGUGGAUGCUGUUGUUUCACUCUUUCCCGUGCAUUCAAAGCGAUGUGAGCUUUGUGUGCCGACCACAUAUCCUAACAAGGCUGAGCAGCAGGCUUUAAAAGGAGGGCGACCACAGAAAGGAGGAUGCCAAAGAUAAGCUAAUAGAGCUAAUUAAACAUCGCUGGGGUGAUUAGCAUUGAUCCUGCCACACACAGAUCUGCAACACAGCUGCUGUUGGUGCAAGGGAUUUUUUUUCUUCCUGCAUGCAUAGAUGGUGCCAAACAAGUGGACCAUGAAUUCAGUUCUGCACAAAUCACCACCAAGGAGCUGGCUUGGACUCAGACUACGAAUCAAUGACAAGCCCGUCCAGGAGGAGGACUGGGUGGUGUGCCAGCACCCCGAGUGUCACGAGCGCCGGAGGGCCUCCAAGGUUUGCCACCACCCAGACUGCCAAGACCUGAAUAACAAAAGCCCCCUUCACCUGUGCGAGUCAUGUGACUCACGCAGCCACUCGGAGAACACAGACAACAUGCACUUUGACCGGCACCCCCGCUUUGACUUACAACCUCAAGCCUCCAUCCUGGCUCGCAACGUGUCGACGCGCUCCUGUCCCCCCCGCACCAGCCCCCCCUCCGACCUCGAGGAAGAGGAAGAUGGGAGCAAUGACCGCGGGGAGCGUAAAACAGGGGGAAUGAAGUUGAAAAAGAAACCACGGAGACGACACACUGAUGACCCCAGUAAGGAGUGCUUCAGCCUCAAGUUUGAUCUCAACGUGGACAUAAACACGGAAAUUGUACCGGCAAUGAAAAAGAAAACCCUGAGAGAGGUUCUGGGUCCAGUGUUUGAGAGGAACGGCAUUGAGCUGUGCCGGGUCGACCUGUUCCUGGAUCAGUCCAACACGCCGCUGUCACUCAACUUUGAGGCGUACCGUUUCGGAGGACAUUACCUCAAAGUAAAAGCACGGGUAGGGGAUGAGCUGAAGGUGGAGCAGGGGGUGAAGGACUUGCGGUCGCUCAGCCUGCCCAACAUGAAGCCCUCUGAAGGUCAGAGCCCGUACAUCCUCGCCCCGGGCAGCGAGAGGGUGGAGCACGGCUCUCUGGGACGCAAAGAAAACGUGGAUCUGUUGGGUCAGGCUCGACGGAGAAAGAACAUGACCGAGUUCCUGGGAGAAGCGAAUAUUCCCAUCCCCGAGGCUCUGGGGGGGUUGGGCUCCCUGCCCGGCAUCGGGGCCGGGCCUGACAGCUGGAAGAACCGAGCCGCCAGCCGCUUCAGUGGCUUCUUCAGCUCCAGCGCUGGGACGGGGGCCUUCGGAAAGGAGGCGGACCGUCUGGAGCAGCUCCAGGGCAAACUGCACUCCUACAUGACGUUCGGACUCCCCAAGGUGCCGCAGCAGCUCUCCUUCAACCAGGACUCCUGGGAGGAGGAGGACGAGGAGCAGGAGACCAACCUGGUGCUGGAGGACAGCUGGCAGAUGCUGCUGGACGACUCCGAGACGUUGACCCGGCGGCAGUUCCACCAGCAGGAGGCGAUCUGGGAGCUGCUGCAGACCGAGGCGACCUACAUAAAGAAACUCCGAGUCAUCACUGAUCUGUUCCUGUGUGGGCUGCUGAACCUGCAGGACAGCGGGCUGCUGACGGAGGUGGAGCCCACCAAGCUGUUCAGCAACAUCCAGGAGCUCGUGGUUUUGCACACCGCCCUGUGGAACUCCGUCAUGCUGCCCGUCCUGCAGAAAGCCCGGCAGAACCGCGCGCUGCUGGACCCCUCAGACCUGCACCAGGGCUUCCAGACGUUUGGCUCCAGGUUCCAGCCGUACAUCCGGUACUGCAUGGAGGAGGAGGGCAUCAUGGAGAACAUGCGCACGCUGCUGCGGGACAACGAUCUGUUCAGGACCUACGUCACGUGGGCAGAGACUCAUAAGCAGUGCAACCGCCUGAAGCUGAUCGACAUGUUGGCCAAGCCUCACCAGAGACUGACCAAAUACCCGCUCCUGUUGACGAGGGUCCUGAAGAAGACGGACGACCAGUCGACACGGGACAAAGUCAACAGCAUGGUGGCGGCGGUGGAAGGCUUCAUCAACAGCGUGGAGUCGAAGAUGAGACAGCGCCAGGAACAACAGAAUCUGGCCACCAUUUCUGCCAGAAUAGACUCCUACGAGGCUGUGGAGGGCAGCAGUGAGGAGGUGGAGAAGAUCCUCAAGGAGUUCAACCGCUUCGACCUCAUGGCUCCCAUGAGAGGAGUUUCCCCGGAGGAGACCCGACAGCUGCAUCUGGAGGGGACGCUGAAGAUGAAAGAGGGCAAGGACAGCCGAAUGGACGUCCACUGUGUCCUGUUCACUGACCUGCUGCUGAUCACCAAGUCGGUGAAAAGAGUGGAGAAAGUGAAGAUCAUCCGUCAGCCUCUGCUCAUUCAAAACGUCGUCUGUAAGGAGCUCAAAGACCCUGGCUCAUUCAUCCUCAUCUACCUCAAUGAGUUUAAGAGUGCAGUGGCAGCUUACACUUUACAAGCCAACAGCGCCACCCAGGGGCGAAGCUGGAUCGAUGCAAUCUGCAACGUCCAGAACCAGCUCCAGAGGCUGCGCACGGAGGAGGUUCUCCGGCAGCAGAGCAGCAAGAAGAGGUGUACGGGUGAGGAAGAGGAGGAGGAAGAUGAGAGCAGCAACUCAAGCUCCCCCUGCCUGAGGCACAAAAACCAGCAGAGCUCGAGCCAAUCAGAUGGCUCCACUGAGACCCUGUCAGUGAUGGACAUCGAUGAACCGAGCGAACAGCCCCCAGCCCCCAACAUGAACCUGGAGGGGUCCGGUGAGAAAGACUCGGACGUGGAUCCCCUCUCUGAAAGGUCGGAGGUCGAGCAGUCCACUCUCAGAGUUCACUCCAGUGUUUACUGUGAUGAGGAGACGGACCCCCAGAGCCGCUCCCUCUCCAUGGACAGCGCCUACGGUACCCUCUCCCCCGAAUCCCUCUCCCCCGAAUCCCUCCUGGGAGAGCCUCAGCCCGGCCAGACUGAAGGAGAGGAGGAGGUGGAGGAGGCAGAGAUAGAUGAGAUGGAAGAGGAGGAUGAGGAAGAGGAGGAUGCGGCCUCUUUAGGGUCUCAGAUUUCAGUGAUCCAGUCCUCCAGACCCCGCCGGCGGCCUCACGUUCAGCCCCGACUCCACUGCCUCCAGAGGCUCUCCACCCUGACUCUCUCCCGCUCCGAGGACAAUCUGCUGCAGCGCCUCUACGGUAAAACACAAACAACGGACACACCCAGCUCUCAGGGGCCGGACCAAUCAGAACGCAGGGUCGCAUCGCCGCUGGCUCACAGCAGAAGUCUGACGGAGCUCGGACAAAACUGCCUGGAGAUGUUUUCCAGCGACAUCGACCGGUCUGAAGACUGCUUGAGCGCCACCUCAAAUAAACUCUCUGCCACCCUGAGGAGAGCGGAGGCGAAGCAGGCCCCCCCCACGCCCCCCGGUGAGUGUGAGGAGCCCCAGAACAACAGCUCAGAUGGGGAAACGGCGCCACCUGCCUGCGUAGAAAGGAUAAACGACACAACAGCCCCCAGUGAUUCGGGGGAGAUGUCGCCUAAAAAGAGGAAAUCUCCGGUCCAGCAGCACAAGAAGCUGACGCUCGCUCAGCUGUAUAGGAUACGCACCACUCUGGUCCUCAACUCCACUCUCACUGCAUCGGAGGUAUAACCACUCUUCCAAUCAGCUGAUCAGUGGCACGUGGACGUGAUAAGGAACACUUUUUCUUGCUUCGAUGGACUGAAUUUCUUGAGACACAAAUGCACUCUCUCUUGCUGCCCUCUCCCUUCUGGUUGCUUUCUUUUGGACACUGACCGUACCAUUGUUGCAUUUGAACAUUUUCCUUUCUUUGCUGUUGCAUUGGUUCCCGAGUGGAAGGGAGAGGCGGAGAGACAUUAACUGCUUGCACUUUGCAACGGAAGUAGCAUUAUAGGGGCUGGGACCUUAAGGCUGACUGUGUGGGUGGGGGGGGGGGCAUCUUCUCCGUCACCAGAGUCAAAGAGAGGAACAAUACGUCUUGAAAAUGCUCUCUACACGUGGCUAAAUUAAAUAAAAAACAGCACCUAGGACGUCCUCCUGAUAUUUAUACUACUCCUGGUUUGCUUUAAAAAAAAAAAAAAAAGAAAGAAAUUGCACAGUUAUCUAUGUUAAGUAGAAGAAUCACUAAGGAGUGAAUUUACAGUCACACAAUGGAUUAGAAUGUAUUGUUAGCUGUUUGUGUCUGAUUGUGUGUGAGUGUGUGUGUGUGUUUGAAUGAUUACAUGGUCCUUGAUUCCUGACUGAAAGAAAACUGAUUCCCAUCUCCUGUGAUUACGCUAACACACCCCCCAAAAAAUGAAUGAAAAGUGUACCCAAAAGGUACAAAGCAUUAUGUUUCAACACGCAGGCGGGCUUCCUUCUUUAUUGUUAAUUUUGGUUUGUUGAACUAAUGAGUUGAUUUCCCUAAAAACAAUAUUCAGUAUAUGAGAUGACUAAAACUGUUUUGAGGAAUGUCCUGCACUAAAUACAUCAGAUUGAGUGUUCAUUAAACUCUUGAGGUAUUAAAACCACACACACAAGAAACAACGUGGUCAUAGGAAAAACUAAAACUUUACCUGUGUAUGUUAUUAGAGAGAUUGAACAAAAACAGUUUGGGUUGGAUAUUCUGCAAUGAGUGAUCAGUUGAACUUUUCCCAGGAGAUUUACUUAACUGACGUUCAGCUUUUCAGUUCAGUGAUUUAAUUAUUCCAAACAUGGCCCAAACCAAAUAGGUUAACUGUUUACUUUUAGUUUUUUUUGUUUAUGUGUAAUAUUUAUUAUGCCUGCUAUGUUUUAUAUAUAAGAUAUUGUUUAUAUUGUUUUGCUUCCAUGAUUUGUAAAAAAAGAAAUGUGUUGAUGUAGUCUUAAUAUUUUUUUUCUUGCCAGGCAUGAAUGUGCUAUGAACCAAAACCAUGCGUUUCCUCUUUCAGGAAUGACGUGUUUAAGUGUCUUACAGAAUACAAAUGCUAAAAUACUUGAUCCCUCUUUGUUUAAUCCAUUGUAAUGGAGUGACUUUAGGGGAAUAAUUGCAUACUGAAUUGUAUUAAGCAUUAAAAAAAAACAUGAACUGGUC